AAUAAUGACCGGUACCAGUACACAUGAAAAAACAACAGGUUCUCUCUCUCUCUCACUAUCUCUCUCUGUGGUAAUCUUCAUCAUCUUCUCGGUUUGUGUAACUCUCUCUCUCAUUCUCCUAUCCCUGGUAACAACAUCCAGGCUUGAUAUACCAAAAGCAUGAAUUCAGGUGGGUAUACGUAUACAGUAGAAGUUACUAGUUUAUCUCCUAAUGCUAGUGAGAAGGAUGUGUAUGAGUUCUUUGCUUUCUCCGGCGAAAUUGAACAAGUUGACAUAGUCAGGUCUGGGGAAUAUGCUUGCACUGCCUAUGUAACAUUUAAGGAUCCACAUUCUCUGGAGACUGCUGUGUUGCUCAGUGGUGCUACAAUUGUAGAUCAACGUGUAUGCAUAACACCUUGGGGAAUUCAGUACACAGAUCAGUUUGAUUUCUGGAAUAGACCUACUUGGAAAAUUGAUGAUGAAACUGUUUCUCACACGCGUGCAACACAUGCAAAUCAAUUUGUUUCAACCCCUGGAGAAGCAGUAACACUGGCUCAAGAAGUAGUUGUAACCAUGCUAUCCAAAGGAUAUGUACUGGGCAAAGAUGCUCUGAUCAAGGCCAAAGCACUAGACGAAUCUUAUCAUGUUUCAGCUUCUGCAGCUGCAAAGGUUUAUGAAGUCAGCAAAAGAAUCGGACUUACAGAUAAGAUAAUGACAGGGGUCGGGGCAGUAAAAUCUGUGGAUGAGACCUACCGAGUGUCAGAGAUUACUAAAACAGUUGCAUCUGCAACUGGAAGAACAGCUGCGGCAGUGGCACAUACAGUGGUGAAUAGUACCUACUUUUCGAAAGGAGCUUUAUGGGUUUCAAGUGCUUUAACUAGGGCAGCUAAAGCUGCAGCUGAUUUAGGUACUCCUAGUAAAAAUUGAAUCUGAAUUUUAACUGUUACGGUUUAGUUAUAUAGCUUAUAUAGUUGUAUGAAAUUGGCUGGUGCAGAGUUUAUAAAAGUGGGUUGUUUUAACUGGAUUCUGUGAGAUCAUGCAUUAGCCUCUUCUGUCUAUGGUUAGCAAACUCAUUUGUCCAAAUAAGUACUGAAUGAUUUCUAUUCACGCACCAGUUGUCCAUGUAAUAAAACUAUUUAUAGAGGAAGAAACUGCAAACUGCAUUGCUGAAAAGAGAGGAUAAGCUUAACUGGUUA